AUGUCUUCAAAUUCAAUCCUUGAUACCAAGAGUUGUAGAGCUCAAUGCUUUAAGAACUAUUAUAGAAGACAUAAUGAUAUCCAGACUUCACAGACCACGCCUGUUCCUGGACAAGUCAGUGUUGUUUUGAAUACUGUCUCAAAUGACACUAUCAAAGAAUGUGCUGAUGCAAUCAAAGAUCAGAUCAUGGAUACACUCAACAGCAAAGAUAAUGAUGAUCCAAUUAUGAAUAUAUUCAGUAAUGAUGAUAAUGAUGAGUCUAUGUAUGAUGCGGAACUUGGCAAUGACAUGGACAUCAUUGAAAACAAAACAUCUCCUUUGGUUUUUGACUUCAGUCAGCCUGCACCUACCCCUGACAAAGACAAUGCAAAGAACCUUGAGUUUCUCAAGAUCAUUAAGGAUUUUGGUAUCUCCCGCAAUGCUCAUGAAAUGAUAGUCAAGCAUUUCAACAGCAUUUUGGAAACGUCAACUUGUAUUAUAUACAAAGCAUGUACUCCCCAUCUUGGCAAAAAGCUUUUGAAGCAUUUCUCGGGUGUUGAAGAGACAGUUCAUGAUAUCUGUCAGAGAACUUUGCCCAGCACCAAUAUCCGUACGCUGGAAAGUUUCCAGAAUUUUUCCCAGGCCAGUGCAUCCAGCUACAAAGGGUUAAACGGACAAUCCCCUCUGGCAACAUUGAAGGUAUUCUCUAGACCAUUGUUUUUUGCCCUUGAUGAGAUGCAUGGACUUUGCCAUGGAAUAAGCAAGCAGGUCUGGGGUUUGGUUUCUGGUACCUAUGGAACAGACCAUUGUUUUGCUCUUUCUUCUGGUGUUUGGAAGGAGAUCGGUACAGCAAUGUACAAAACAAGAAAUACCAUCCCUACAUCCUUCCAUGGCAAUUGGAGAGAUGUAUACAAGAACCCCGGGUCGUUCAAGGCCGUCGAUUGGGCAGACUUUCUUCUGUUCGUCGUCCCUACGCUGGUGGCAGAGCAUAUUGGAGAUGCAACUGCCCGGAACACGUUACUUGGCUUGGUUCAAGCAUGUAACCUACUCAUGAGCUGGGAGUUAUCAGCAGAGGAACAAACCUCUAUCAAAAGUAAACUUGAAAUAUGGAACAUGUAUCUGGAAUCGCUGCUUACAAGUGGAAAAAUCAAAAUCAAUAUUUUCACUAUAAACCAGCAUCUUCUUCAGCACUAUCCUCUCAUGAUUGACGCAUAUGGCCCACCUCGUGCAUAUAGCGCCAGAUCCGUGGAACGAGCAAUUGGUGAAUACUCAAGGGCUAUCAAGAGUAAUUCUGCUAUAAAUGUUAACGCUGGCAAUAUCAUGCUUGGCUUAGCACAAAUACGACAAGCAGAGGCCGGAGCCACUGUCAUGAUUACAGAAGCAAGAACAGCACGACACUUACAAUAUGAAGAUUCCACUGCUGGUUGGCUGUUGACAGAUGAGGGUGAGCGUGUUGGUGCUAGGUCUGAUAUUGAGUUCUGGGGGCCUUUGAGGAAUAGAACGAUCCGAGAUAGUUUUGAAGGCAUUUCUUGUCUUUCGAAACUUCUUGAAGACUUCUAUGAAUCAAAGGGGGAAGAGUGUAGUAUGAUUGAAGCAGCUAUACAAACUAGCCGCAAGGCAUUUGUCAAUGGUUGUGUGAUUGACUCUGCACUCGACCAAAAUUGUGUAAGGGAGGCACAUAACAUCAGAUUACAGAUUCAGGUUGAUGAAAACCGCAACAUAAAUUCUGCAUACUCCCUGGUUUACAAGGAUUUCUUUGGAAUAGUUGUUGUCUUCUUUGAACACAAGCUCAACAAGAAGAGAUGGCUGCUUGCUCUUGUAGAGAUUGCGGCAGUCCGUUUGGUAAAUGGUAUACCAGUUGUUAACAAUGAGCAAAUGAAGCCAAAGGUAGUUCACCUGACAGAUGUCAAAGAAUUGGUUGGUUUGGUGAAGUUGGAUAUGACUAUAAAUACAACAACAACAACAACAUACAUAGUGUGGCCAAAGCUUAACCGCAGCCCAAAAUUGUCACUUGGUUCUCUUGCAGACCUAUAA